CGCAGAUGGGGAGCCAGCUUGGGUGUCUGGGGCGUCGGCUUUGGCAUAUACGCGCUCUACUAUCUCUCAGUGACGCCAUUGAUGAAGCGGGAAGUGCUCGUCAAGGUGCCUGUGAUAGGCAGCUACUACGAGGAUAAGACUCCUGCGUCCGACAAGCCAUUCUAA